GAUCGUUGUCAAUCAACAUUACUCAGUCAACGUUCAGUAUUAAUACACUUAACAACAACAAAAAAAAAUUAUUUAUUUACAAUGGCAUUCAAAACUGUCGCCGUCUUCGCCUGCGUGCUGGCUUCCGCACUUGCCGGUCCAGUAGCCCCCGCCUACCCGGCACCGUCUGCCUACCCAGCACAAUCGGCAUACCCAGCACCAUCAGCUUACCCAGCACCAUCAGCAUACCCAGCACCAGCUUACAAGCCUGCCUCAUACUCAGCACCUAAGGCAUACGCCCCAGAAGCCGCAUACGCCCCAGCCCCAUACAACUUCGACUACAGCGUGCACGACGACUCCACCUACGACAUCAAGAGCCAAUCCGAAUACAGUGACGGAAACGGUUACGUCAAGGGAUCUUACAGCCUAGUCGAAGCCGACGGUACCAAGAGAAUUGUUGAAUACACCGCCGACGAUGUUAACGGAUUCAACGCUGAAGUUAAGAAGGAAGGAACCCCAUCCUACAGCUCUGCCCCAGCCUACAAACCAGCCUACAAGGCUCCAGCUUACCCAGCUGCUCCAGCUUACCCAUCAGCCCCAGCUUACCCAGCUGCCCCAGCAUACUCUGCUGCCCCUGCUUACCCAGCUGCCCCAGCAUACUCUGCUGCCCCAGCAUACUCUGCUGCCCCAGCUUACUCUGCUGCCCCGGCUUACUCUGCUGCCCCAGCCUACAAGCCAGCAUACAAACCAGCCUACCCAGCUGCCCCAGCUUACCCAGCUGCACCAGCAUACCCAACUUACCCAGCUGCUCCAGCUUACCCAACUGAGUCCUACCCAGCUGAACCUUCCUACCCAUCUUACCCAGCUGCCCCGGCUUACCCAGCCCCAGCCUACCCGGCCGCCCCAGCUUACCCAGCACCAGCCUACCCAGCUGCCCCAGCAUACCCAGCUGCACCAGCAUACCCAGCUGCCCCAGCUUACCCAGCUGCACCAGCCUACCCAGCGGCACCGGCCUACAAGCCAGCCCCGUACUCCGCCCCUAAGCCGUACGCCCCAGAACCAGCCUACUCCGCCCCGUCACCAUACAACUUCGACUACAGCGUACACGACACCUACACCGGUGACAUCAAGAGCCAAAACGAAUACGCCGACGCCAACGGUUACGUCAAGGGCUCCUACAGCCUUGUAGAACCCGACGGCAGCAAGCGCACCGUGGAAUACACCGCCGACGACUACAACGGUUUCAACGCUGAAGUCAAGAAGGAAGGUGGAUACCCAGCACCAGCCGCUUACUCCGCACCGGCCCCGGCCUACAAGCCCGCCCCAGCCCCAUACAAGCCCGCGUACUAAUAACGCCAACGUCUCAAACCACUGAACGUUGUAUCUCAUACGCCGACAUCACCAUUGACGACUUCGGAGACUGUUUUAAGUCUUAGAACAUUUUCGUAACUGUAUAAUACACGCAACCUCAUGCGUGUGCUUUCUCAUAUAUAUAUUUAUGUAUUUACUAUUGUCAUCGGUUUCAUCUUGUGUUUUUUUUUGUAAAUAAACGUCAUCCAUGUCGUAACAGAUAA